UUGGCGAAGUUUGUACCAGGGCCAUGACACGUACAUUGAUUGCCUUUGCGCAUGGGACUUUCAAACGUACCGCAAAAGCUGUCCACUUGCUGCACGAUGGCGUAUUCAUUUGGUUCAAGUCAUAUUUCGCUUUGCAUUUUUGCCUAUAGUUUUUGACACAGCUUAUAAAAGGGAGUAUAUAAGCGCAGGAGCACUUGGAUUGUACGAACUGCAGAUGUGAUCGCUGAGUACCCAUAUGAUAACCAUAGAGCUAGGACCCUAUUCUUACAACAAACCGUCCACGUGCCAACGGCCUUACACCAUAGAGCUAGCACAACAGAGCUAGGACCCAGCUCUGUGCUUACACCAUCCACAAUGUCCAGCAUUGUGUAUUUCUUUAUGUUUGUCUUGCUCUUUAAUAAUGUAGCAUUCUUCACGUGCCGAUCAGCAGAGCCAGGCACGACCGGUAUCAACGCCACGGUAGUACCGGCGGCCAACACUGCCGGGAGCUCACCUAUGCCGAGAAUUCCGCUCUACAUCGGGGGCUUCUUUGCGUUUCCCGGUGACAAAAUAUUUGGUGCUUUACCAUACACAGCACAGACAGCCGUGGACCACAUUAACAAUCUAACGGGGAUACUUGACGGCUAUGAGCUGAGGAUGCGCUGGAGACUUACUGACGGUAAACCAGCCGAUGCGUUGAAGCUGCUGAAUGACCUUCUGUACGAGGGACCGCCGGUGCUGAUGUCAUGGGGACCAAUAUUCUCUCGCCAGGCGCUGGUCGUGAACGAAGUGGCGGCCAAGUACAAUCUCGUACAGGUGUGCCUCGCUAACAGCCAGGCCCUACGUGAUCGGCCGAGGUACCCUAAGACUGUACAAAUGUAUUGGAGCGAAGACAGCGUGAAUCCAGCCCGGGUAGCAUUCAUAAACUACAUGAAGUGGACAAAAGUCGCGAUUAUCUUUGAGGAUAUUGAGUAUUUCCGUCUGAAUGUUGAGAACCUCGUUUCGAAGCUGAAGGAUGCCAACAUCUCUGUGAUUGCGACUGAAGCGAUAAGUGACGUCAAUGCGCCAGAUCAACAGUUAUUGAGCCUCAAGAGACACGAUGCCAGAAUAAUCUUCGCACUGUCGUACUUUGACACGGCGAUCAGGAUGUUUUGCAAGAUCUACCACAUAAGCAUGUUCGGCCCAAAGUACGUGUGGAUUAGUAUUGGCUGGUACCCACCCGGCUGGUGGGAGGCGAUACGACCCGAUAUGGACUGCACUGCACACGAGCUAGAAGAGGCUCUUCAGAACCAUCUAUCCGUUCCAUUAUGGAGAUCAGUUGAUGACGUCAGAGACAUCCAUUAUAACGGCAUACGUCCACCGGAGUACCAGUUGGACUUUAUCCGCGGGCUUCUAGCCCGUGAAGGGGUGGACAGACUGGAACACAUCGAGUCUUACGACGUACUCAUCACCAUAGCAAUGGCACUGAAUCGAUCCAUCGAGAAACUAGCCCAACUCGACCCACCGAGAGCUCUCCAAGAGUUCACGUAUGAGGACAGUAACAUGUCUGCUGCCCUCUUGGAGAGCGUCUAUGAGACUCGUUUCGUUGGGCCUACGGGACCUAUUCUGAUUGAAGACGGCGGCUACCGAUCCGAAAAAGAUGUUCGUCAAUUCAUUGCCCAAUUUCAAGGCAAAAAAUCACUGGAGAUUAUCGAAUGCGUGAAUUCUUGCCAAAGCUUCAAGGAAGUGGAUGAUAUGCGGUUUCAUUGGCCAGGUGGAUCGGCCCCAGUAGACGGCAAGACAUACCGGACUGAACAUGUAGUCAUUAGUGAGGCUACCAGGCUGAUCUUUUACGUACUGAGUGCACUUGGUAUCCUCAUGGAUUUGGUGUUCCUUGGAAUUAAUGUCAAAUACAGAGAGGAGAGAGCAAUCAAGAUAUCCACUCCGCCUCUGAAUAACCUAAUCGUCUUGGGAAGUCUUCUUCUUUACAUCUCGGUCUUUCUCUUCGGACUAGAUGAAUCUUCCUUUCAAAAAGACACCAUUAUUCGAUUCUGUCACAUGAAGUCAUUUCUUGUUUGCGUUGGCAUAUCUCUGGCGUUCGGGGCGCUGUUCAUGAAGACGUACAGGAUACAUGCCAUUUUCAGCAGAGCAGUCGCUAAACUUAAACGAGUGGAUUUACCCAACUUUAAACUAAUUUUGGGAGUAUUCCUAGCCGUCAGUGUUGACAUUGUUAUAUUCACCGUCUGGAUUCUGUUGGGACAAACCGACAUCGAUGAAAUAACUUCCGUACCAGUACUAGACAUGAGCCAACCAGAGAGGGAGCUCUAUAUUGUUUCGGUCAGUCCGUAUUGUACAUCACAGUACCUCGUGUACUUCUCAGGUGUUAUCUACAUCACCAAAGGAAUCCUACUCGUCUUCGGGAUCUUUCUAGCGUGGGAAACCAGAACGAUUUCUGUUUCCUCGCUCAAUGACAGUACUUAUAUCGCCAUGUCCAUUUACACGGUGGCCAUUUUCCUCGCCCUCGUCUUGCCAACGUUAAAUCUGGAGGUAGUUCGUACCAACGUAACUACCCACUUCGCCGUCCUUUGCUCAGCAAUCAUCGUUACCAAUACUACCGUCCUGUGUUUGGUAUUUCUACCGAAGAUAUAUCUUCUACGCAAAUACAGCAGAAAAAACUUCCAGGUUAGUAUGAUGACUAAAUACAUCUCCAAUGCUUCAAUGUCAACGUUCAAUGACUGCGCAGACUCGAACGUGAGUAGACUACAUCAACGACUGCAACGAAAAGAAGAGAAGCUGAAGAGGCUGAAACGGGACCUUGAUCUUGUAGCGUCAUCUCUACAAAAGAAAAGGCCGUGGAUCCAACCGGACGAGGCGACAAAUCACGAGAAAGAGCAGAGCGUCUGAAAAACAUUUCUUGUUCAAAAGACAUAUUUUACACACUGUAUCAGAAGAACACGUACUGCAACAAAACCUUUGGAGGUUUAAACAGUUUCUUUUGUUGGUAUUUCACAAAGAGCCACGAUUGAUCGUAACUG